AUGAACAGUCUCUUUAGAUCAGCUCUAAGAAGCUCCAUAAGACAACCUUUAGUGGGAAAAUCAUUCACAAAACCAGUCUCUACACGUUUUUUCAACAAUUCAUCAAUUUUAUUUAAUCAAAAUGCAUCAAAUACCACAACAACAACACCAAUUUUCAAUCAAGAAAUUAAAGAAUCAUCAUCAUCAGUAUCACAAGAUUCAUUAUGGCCUUUAAAAUUAUCUAAUGAAUUAUAUGCUAUUGUUAAAGUUCAUUCAAAUCCAUUUUUAGUUACAAAAGGUGAUAUAAUGACAUUACCAUAUCAUUUAAAAACUGCAGAAGUUGGUGAUAUUUUAAAUUUUACAGAUGUUUCAUGUGUUGGUAGUCGUAAUUUCACAUUAAAUGAUGAUCCAAUUGAUACUAAUUUAAUUAGUGUUAAAGGUGUUGUUAUUGAAAAAACCAAGAUGCCAAUGAGAAUAACGGAAGUUACCAAAAGAAGAAAUAGAAGAGUUCGUCAUGCUAUAAGUAAACCUCACAAAACUUUAGUUAGAGUUACAGAAAUUGAAUUGAAAUAG